ACUAAAAGUGUUAUAACGGACCAAUACACAAACCCUCAUAUAAAUACACCCUCGAAGUCAUCACUUGCCAUUCAAUCUCACUCUUUCUCAUCCCGCAUUGUCGGAUUGCCUCCAUUAUCACGAAGAGCUCAUAGCAGAGAAGAAAGAAAAGAAGAUAAAGGCAAUAUCAAACACUUGAAUCGUUACUCCGAUAACCAGGAAAAGAGCAAUGGCGACCAACCCUCGCCGGAGAAGAAAGAUCGUCACCUAUGUCAUAGCCGGCGUGAUAGCACAGACCGCCAUCAUCCUCCUCUUCGUGCUCCUGGUGAUGCGUAUCCGGAACCCAAAAGUCCGGCUCAGCUCCGUCACCGUCGAAAAUCUCAAGCUCAACACUUCGUCCACGUCGCCUUCCUUUGGAAUGCAGCUCCAUGCACAGGUCGCCAUCAAGAACACCAACUUCGGCCACUUCAAGUUUGACAACACUACUGCGACAAUCUCCUAUCGAGGCGCUGCCGUCGGAAGUGCCGAUAUCAUGAAAGCCAAGGCGAAAGCAAGAUCCACAAAAAAGAUGAACUUGACAAUGUCGGUUAGUUCUAAAAACUUUUCGUCGGUUACGCAGUUUAGGAGCGACGUCAAUUCAGGGAUCUUGACGUUGAAUGGACAUGCCAAGUUGAGUGGAAAGAUUGUGCUGUUCAAGGUUUUCAAGAAGAAGAAAUCUGCGGAAAUGAACUGCACAAUGGACGUGGAUACUAAAGCCAAAGAGAUCAAGAACUUGAAGUGCAAGUGAAAUAAAAUGCAUACAAGGCAUAGUCGUUGUAAUUUGCUUUUUCUUAAUUAUUUUCUUUCUUGUUCGAGUCAGUUGGAUUCUUCGUUUUUUUUUUCUUUUGGGGUUUUGCAAGUGUAUGCUAUGCUUUUUCUGUUUAUGAAGAGGGAUAUUGUCGAUUGGCCUCACGUUUGCAUAUCCUGUUGUGACAUGAAUAUGUUGUUCUUAUCAGUUUGAA